UUCUUUCUUUCUUUCUCUUUUCUUUCUUUCUUUUUUCCUUUCUCCUUCCUUCCUUUCUCUUCCUUCUCUCUUUCUCCCUCCUUCCCACCCUCGUCCUGGCUGCCUGCUGGUUGCUCAAGAGGCAGGGAUGGGGGGCUGCCCAAGGGGUCUUCAACCCCUGCCUCCCAGCUCCGGGCACCAAGCGCUCCUCCGCCCCCAGCAACGGACAGGAGAUGCAGAUCAAGCAGGACCUAGCUGAGACCCGCGCCCUCCACAUCCCCACGGAGCCUGGCGAGAAUCUGCGUCGCCUUCGCGGACGGAAACGCCUGCUGGGCGAAGAGAAGAACCUGGCGGGCUGGUCGCUGCUGGUGGCCUUGCUUGGCAUCUUCCUCAUGGUGCUGCACACCGAGCUGGCCUGGUUUGGCCACUGCGAGUGGUUUGCUUACUCCUUCAUGACCAAGUGCCUCAUCACCCUCUCUACGGUGGGAUUAAUGAUCCUGAUCUUGGCCUUUCACAUCAAAGAGCUCCAGCUCUUCAUGCUGGAUAACGCCCUGACCGAUUGGCGAAUUGCGGUCAGCACCCCGAAAUUGGUUCUCAUCGUGCUCGAGCUUUUAGUCUGCUCCCUUCACCCCUUCCCAGUGGGAGAUUUCUUUUGCCUGGAUCCCAAGCAGGGACAGACCAUCGUCUUCCUCUCGGAUGUUGACAUGUUACUUUCACUGGUGAUGUUCCUCCGCCUCUACCUAGUUCCUCGAGCUGUGCUACUGCGGAGUAGUGUGCUGGGAGAUGCCUCCUACCGCAGCAUCGGGUCCCUCAACAAGAUCCACUUCCAGUACCCUUUCGUGUUACGGGUGAUGGUGAACAGCCAGCCGGGCCGUGUGCUGCUCAUCUUUACGGUGGGACUCUGGAUCACUGCUUUUUGGAUACUGUCCGUCUGUGAACGGCAGCAUAUGGAUGAGAACAACUAUCUCGGUGGGGCAUUCUGGUUGAUUCCCAUCACUUUUCUGACCAUCGGCUAUGGAGAUGUGGUGCCCAAAACAGUGUGCGGGAAAGUCGUGUGCUUGUUCACUGGUGUUAUGGGAGUGGGGUGCACAGCGCUCCUUGUCGCAGUGGCUGCAGAUAAACUGGAAUUCACCAGAGCAGAAAAACACGUCCAUAAUUUCAUGAUGGAUAUCCAGUGUGCCAAAGAGAUGAAAUGCUCAGCUGCCAACGUCCUACAAGAAGCCUGGUUAUUGCACAAGCACACCAAGAGGAAGGAUGGGCAAAGAACACGCAAACACCACCGGCGGCUGCUGGCAGCCAUUCACAUGUUUCGCCAUGUGAGGACAAAACACCGCAAGAUCCGGGAUCAAGUCAAUACCAUGGUGGAUAUUUCUAAGAUGCAAAUGAUCAUGUGUGACCUCAAAUCCAGCCUCGAAAUCUCUCAUCAGGAUCUGGAAAAAAAGAUCGUGUCCCUGGACAGGAAACUGGACGAGUUGACCAGAUUGCUUUCUGUCCUGGUGCAGUCCAAGCAACAGGAGGAACAGCAGGUGCAUUGAUGUUCAAGGACUGCCAGGUGGCCGUUGAGAGGAUUUUGAUCUCUCCUUUCAUAUCUGGCUCAAGAUAUGGACUUUUAGUACACCUGACUGCCGUUUUUAUGGAUUCCAUAGGCCAAAGCAGUACAUAGGGAAGAAAAUUAACUGUCACUACAGUGCCACCUUGUGGUACCUUCAAGACACAACGAGCCUUAUAACUUUCUUUUAGCAUCUCGGAGGUGGGGCCAGAAGGCUGUUAAAAAACCUGGCUGGCAGUGGAGAAAACGAUUAGGUUGGUGUGAAUGUAUCUGCAAAGACGCAUGCCUUGGCAGUGUAGGGAGGAGGUCUUCUGGAUGGAAACCACGUCCUGGUAUCCUCUCUUUCCUGAAGGACAAAAACAACAACACUGAACUGUGGGAGGAAUGGAAACGUACUUGAAACGGAAGAAAAAUCUCACCGCUGCGGAAUGCGAAGGUUCCGCCUUUGGACUUGGGCAGAAACCUCUCCAGACGGGGCAGGAAUCAGAUCUGCAGGAAGCAGUUGGUUAACCUACUGCUCAGAAAUUUCUCAAGGAUGGAAGACGCCGUUCGUUUUUAAUUUUGACAGCUUUGUCAGCCGAGUUUGGUGACUUGAGCUUGAGCGACAAAGCCUCCCGACAGGCUGGGACGCUUGCCCUGUCACAGGGAGUGGGUUUCGUUUGCGUUUGUUUUGUUUUUUUGGGGUGGGGUGGGGGGAAGGGUAUAUCUGGGUGAAAUUCUCGACGCUACUUAAGAAUCAUACGACUUGAUCGGAGGGAUUUGGGAGUUCCAAUCAUGCAUUUGGGUGCAAGAAUCUAAAUUAAAGCAUCUCCAAACUG